AGAUCCCUCACCAACUUAUUUUCCCAUUGAGUGUCUGGCCCGCGACUCCGAACCACCCCGCAAUCAUGGCCGGCGACGACGACUUGUACCACCCCAAGGACGCCAUCAAGGCCAGCAUCCAGGCCUCCACGACCCUUGGUGGUGCCGGUUUCUUCAUGGCCGCAGUUCACAAUGCCCUCCAGAAGCAGAACGUCGGCGCCAUGUCCGUUUUCACCCGCAGCGGCGGCAUCAUCGCAGUCAUGGCGAUUGGUGGCGGCGCAUACGGCUUCACCCAGUCGGCAAUGGCCAACCUUAGAGAAAAGGACGAUGCCUGGAACACGGCGACUGCCGGUUUUGUUGCCGGUUCCAUUCUUGGAAUGACCACCAAGAGGAUGCCCGUCGUGCUCGGCUUGGGCGCUGCCUUUGGUGCGUGGCAGGGAGUAUUUCAGCUCACCGGCGGACGUUUGAGGGGAUGGUCAGAAAACAAGCUGGAUGACGAGGCCGCCUUCGACAGCAAGAUUGCCCAGCGCCAGGCCAAGAGACGCCCUAUUGAGGAGACGAUUGCAGAGAUUGGCGAGGGCCGUGGCAUCCGGCCACCGGGCUACGAGGAGCGGAGACGCGAGCGACUUAAGGAGAAGUACGGAGUCGAGAUCAACCCUGUCAAGGCGACCGUCGAGUAAAAGAAGAACCCUUUUCCAAACGAAAACACCACCACUACUACUACCCCAUCCCGUCCAUCACCCACCCGGCCUAGCGAGGCAUGCUCUUUUUAUUUUCCGUUGCCUGUACAUACACAGCCUGCGAAACACGUGGGCCAAAGGAGAGGUCUCAUCGGCUAGAGGAAAUGGAGAAUUGUACUAUUUGUUCAUGCUCUCCGAGCUUCCACGUGAUGUGUGCCUGUCUCAUCCGACGCACCCGCCGGCUGCGUCACAUCAAUGGGUUGGCGAUGAAUCAAGCCUAGGUCCCAAGCAGUGUACACGUCUUCCGCAUUGAACCACCCAUGCGACAACAUGUCAAGCCGUAGUCGCUGCGUAUUUUGUCUGAGAAAAGGCGGCAUUAGCUAUGCAGCAAUUGGAUCUCGGGCAUCAUUCGACCCCAGCAGGGCAGAAGUAGAGGUGUCACGGAAACCAAAGACAAAAGCUUAGGCGCGGGUCGAACCCGCGCCCUACGAAACCCUCCAUCAGCAAACUUCCUUGGAUUUCAUCACCAAGUUCAAACUAACGAUCCAGGGCGUUAUACCUCUGGGCCAAUUGGCCCUUCAUCGGGCUUGGUUGGCAGACACAGCACCGAUGCCGCAUAAAUAGGCUAUUCACUGUGCUAGCGAGGCAACUGCGGCCUGUUCGGGACGGCUCGAUUAGCGAGGGCCUACGGGCUGACUGACGUCAUUGCCUCUUGGGAUAGGAUACGAGAUAUUCGAUUUCACCUGGACAAAAUGCAGUUUCGCGAAAGUCCGGCUGUCGGCUCAAUAUUUUUCGUCCCUUCCUGUGGUUUCCUGACGCAGACUUUUGCUUCCCAUCUCCCAGCGCCCAACUCGGUCUUAUGUGUCCGGUUCUCUUCGUCAAAGGAUUUGUGUGACAAUCGCCAAGGCUAGCGCAGUGACGACUUUUGUGUAAUUCUACAUCCGAAGGCUGCUUCCAGGGCAAGCCUUGCCAAGUUGACCAAACCCAGGUUCUCCCUGUCAACAUCGUCGAGCAUACCUGUCUCGCGGUCUUCAGCUUUCGUUGUCAAUUGCUCUUUUGUCUACAUAGUUCUCAAGUAGCUCAAGUCUCCCAAAAGAAACAAUUUGA